AUGUCGGGCGAAUCGUCAACACGUUCGGACCUCAUUGAUGUAACCUAUCAACACAUCCACGCAGCUUUGUCCAGCCACUUGGAGGGGAACAACAACACUGACCAGAUCAUCGACUACCUCGAGCCGCGCAUCCCUCAGCUUAGCGAUAUCUCAGCACCAUUCGGCACGCCUACAGACGCGUCGAAAGAAAAAAUUGAAUCGGGUUCGGUCACUCUACGCGAUGAUGUCGUGCUCCGCGUCGAGCCCGCUGACAAGGAGUACGUAUAUGCCAUCAGCAAACGCUUCAAUAUAGAUGAGGUCGAGGCACUCGUCCUGCUCCGGUCUUUUGUCUACAAUGAAGGCCUCCCAGAGCAAGCCGGGUCCAAGGAAGAGAGAAGCCUUGUGGACGAGCUCCUGGAGGCCAUCACCCCGUUCUACUACUCCGAGCGACUCUGCAUACUACGGACGCUCAUUCCUCUUCUUCGAGCACAUGGGAACCAGAGCGAUCCAGCAAGCAAGAUCUCUAGUGCUCUUCUCUCGAUGAUUCACCCAAACGGAACCGCGCUCGCAGAGUCGCUGAUCACGGAGUACGUGCGAAAAGUGAACGCGAAGCUACCAGAAUAUGAGAGCAACGAUCCGCGUCGGGCGGCUGCAUGGGCGCGUCAAAACGCGAAGGAGCAGCUAGUCAUGCUAGAGGUGCUUUUUUGGGCAAUGUGGAGCUAUGCACCGUGUAACGGGCCAACGGUUGUUCGCAUCUUCGAGACCGCCUACGACAUCGAUCUCGGAUGGAAACAACGGAAUGAAACGAUGCUUCUAGACGAUGAAGGCACACAGCUAAAGAAAGACAGCACAGCUCUCUGGAUGUUAAUUCUCGUCGAGGCGCUGGAGCUUGAAGAUGCGGCAAGCGAGGAGUUCGGGCCCAGCGCCACGACCAUUGGAAUAGACCUGACAGUUGAAUCCAAGUACUGGUCAUUUCCGGACUCUUUGCAGCGGAUACAUGAGCUUAUUUUGUCUCAUACCGACGGCCGUUUUGCAUUCAUCUACGUUGCUUGGGCUUACGUGCUAUCACGUUUGGAGAAGGCGGUAGCGCAGAUGCAGGAGGUGCCUCCAUCAUAUGCACAGUUCUUCGAAUCGCUCGUCCAGCAAACUGGCAACUCUUACUCAGGUGAUCGCGAGCAGAUUUAUACAUUGAUGGUGAAGAGAUGUAUGGAUCCGGACGUUGGACUAUUCAACAUGUUGUAUAAUCUGUUGACCGAUUCGCCGCUCUUCGUGACUGCUGCCGCAUGGAGGACAGCAUCAACGGUGACAGACCCUAAUAAUGUGGCGUAUCGGGCCCUGAUGAAAGGCUUCGUCGUUGCGAUGGUGGAAUUGGUACCUGUGGAAGAGAUUCCUGACUUCGAGAGCUUCGUUGAGGUGUGGAUUGCCCUAUUUGGCCGGAGCGAGAGCCUGUCCAUCACCGCCAUAUGCGCACAAUUCUGGGAAUAUGAUUAUCCGUCAAUCCUCUCACACCGCGCAAUCCUCGACGUCGCUAGGACAAGGUUCCCCAUUCAGUUUCGACCGCUCAUUCGAAUCCUGCGUGCAAUGACCGCAGCCGGUUUUCUGGGUACCGACCCGCUUUCGACAGCAGAUCAUGCCCUCGAAGGAGAGGAGCUCACCGAGGCACGCGAAAUCUGCAUGCGAUGUGUCUUUAACUACUUCCAGAGACUGCCCACCUACACGCAGGCCAUACCCGCUACGGCCACCACAGGUUCAUCCGCUAUGUAUGAGAAGCUGCCAGAACGGUAUGGCUCCUCCUCUGUUGCGACUGGAGUGACCUACGCAAACACGAAGGCUCUGAAGCUCCCUGGCGGAUCUAUCCUUCCUCCCGCGACUCAAGGUCGUCUGUUGAGCGGAGAUGGAGGAGAUCUCCUGGUCAUUGCUUGGCACCAUGAACAUUCCGGGUGGAAACUUCUGCUCGAAUUCCUGAACGACUACGUUAACAGGAAGCGAUUGUCUUCCGGUGCUGGCUACUACCCAGUCUCAUUUACGAGAUCACGGCAGAUGGCUAUCCCAGUCAAUUUAGAGGACAUUGGUGUCGAAAUGGAUCUUGCAGGUGAUGAAGCCAUCGUGACAGAUAUCCUCGACCUCAUUCGCAGCGUCAUCCAGGACAAUCCUCCGCUAGGUGAACAAUUGAUGGUGGCUAUGGAAAGCGGUGGUGCAGUAGUGGCUCACACCAUGGUCGGGACGCAGCCGCCCGACCUGAUACAACUGACCGUCAUGAUCCUGGAAGAUGCUAUGUCGCGCUCGUCAGCUCAGCCCAGGGACAACUCGUUCACUCCACUCAUCACCUCCGCCAUGAGUGUGCUAUCCGCUUUGCUCGCACUUCCAAGAUUUGCAGCUAAGGUCUGGCUGUACGUCCGGUCGACGACCUCGCUUUUCGGCUCAGAGAAAAGCAUCGGGUUCACUUCCGCCGUUCUCGCUACUGAGCGUCUUACAGGCCACUAUACCAUGACCUUAGCGCUUCUACAUUUGGUGCAGCAGCUAUUCCGUGAGGCGUCCUCAUCUGUGGUGCAAGUUCUGCAGGAAAACCCGAAAUUGCAUCCGGUGAAGCAGGAGGUCUUGCUGCGCAUGGCAAGAUUUGUCCAUGCUGAGAUCUGGGUAGAGCACAUGAGCUGGAAAUAUGCACAGCUGGGCGCCAGGUUCGAAAUCGGCAGACGAGUGUCGUCAUUGUACGCGGAAGUGCUCCAGCAUUCAUCGCCCGCACUCAAAGAUGGACCCUUCGGAUCCUUGAGUCAAGCCAUCACAGAGGUGUUCUUGCUUAGAGCGACGACAUCCACGAUCACGCCUCUGGUAUCAUCCUUAACAACUGCAGGAGCUCUCCUCGACAUGCUAUACUCGUCACGGCGGUAUAGUGAUGCUAGACGGUUGAUCUACAUGCUCGAGUCGCAUCUCUCAUUGACUUGCGUGCUGUUGACGUGCAAGCAGACUCUCGCCUUGUCAUCCGAACCGUCCCUACUGGAACAGGCUCUCUGCGCCAAAGUGGGUGGCAGUAUGACUACUUUCGAUGCAGGGGUUCCUAGAAUCGAUCCUGUCGAUGCAUUAGCGGCUUAUAUUAAGGGGAAGAGCGUGGGAUCUCUGGUCCCGGUCCUAGCCACGCGGGUGCUAUUUGCUCUGUGUUCGUCGCUGUCUUCCGCUCAUGGCUCGCCUCCUACCAUCAUUGGUCAUCUCAGCGAUCCUGAGGCCACCGUGUCGACCCUCGUCCAUAUCGUGCAGCAUCCGUAUGAUGAUCCACACCUGCGCAAUGCGGUGUGGGACUUCAUCACACUCGCGGUUGACAAGGAGCCGGCGCUGGCUAGGUUGUUCGUCACGGGGCACUUCCGUGCACCGAACCUGAAAGCAUCGGAGAAGGGCAAGGAGAGAGCCAGCGAGAGUGGAACUGUGGUCAAGACCAUCAAUGCGGUGAGCGUAGCUUGCGACAUGCUUGUCCAGUGGAAGGAGCUGUAUGAGUCCAAUCCGCAGUUAUUGGCUUCCCUACUGCGUUUCCUGGACGUGGUCUGGCAACAUGGACACGAGCAUAAACAGCAUUUGGAGGCGAUACGUAAUGACAUGAAUCUGUUCGAGCGGUUAGCUGCUAUCAUCGCGGAAGAGUUGGGGCCGUCUCCUGACUACAGGACUCAAGAUUACGUGGAGAUUGAUGGCAGGCGGCGAUCAAUCUGCCAUGAAGCAGUUUCGGCGCAUUGCUAUCGGAUUGCCAUCAAGGCUCAUGCGGUCCACAUUGUAGCGGUCGACAUCAGGAUGCAUCUCGACUCACAGCCGCAGGCGGAUUCACCAACAGCCCCCAAACCUCCAAGCUACAUUGCAUUGGAUGGCAUACUCAGGUCAAAAGAGCAACUGACGAAGCUCAUUCAGGAGGCGGUGACGAGUGUCUACGACCCCGGUCUCUACGACGAACUCGCUGAUCAGAUUUGCACAGAAUUCCCGAGUCUUAUCUUGUCGCAUCUGAAGGUCGAAGAGCCUAUGGUUGAGCGGGAAUACGGUGAUGCCUUCGCAUUCUCUACGCCCCUAUUCCAACUUCGGUUGCAGCCAUAUGCCACGGAGAGUAAGAUGGUGGCAAUCAUCGAGGCUCAUAAAAGGCUGACGUCUAUCAACCUGAAUCUGUCCCUCACCUAUGUACAGACAACUCUGACAGAGUCGUGGCAAUAUCUGCUGUUGCAGACUGUCACCUAUGUUCGUGCGCAAGCACCAAUACGGAGUACGUUCUUGGAGCUAGCGGUUAUAGUGUCGGACCUUAUCGCUUCGGAGAGCCGCUCUGGAGAUAUGAUGUCCGAAAUCCAUUGCGCGAGGCUGUCUCUGCUGCUGGCGAUGCUGGAGGUUGUCUGGUUCUCUGACUCCAACGAUGCACAAGAAGUCGAACAGUUUGUCAAUUUGGUAGCGAACGUGCGAGGAAUUAUCCUCAAUGCAUCACAGCCUCCAUCAAGAUCACUCUUGAGACAAGUUACAGUGCCUUUCCACCAGCCGCUACUGCAGAUCGUCUAUUUCUGUGUACGACAGAGCAGGAAGUUCGCUCGACUGCUGAAAGCUGCUCAGCGUCUCAAAAUCUCCGCGAUGCUGGAGGCGACGCUCACACUCGUCAUCAGCCAUCUCCGUCUCAGCUUCGACAACGCAAGCGUCUCUCUCGAUCUCGAGCUGGAUCAGGACAUGCAGCUGCUCGUUGCUGUCUUCGAACAGUGCACUCGGCUCGACCUCAACCCCUCCCCGCUGUUCUGGUUGACCCGAUGUCAAGAGACAGACGUCAUCCGAGCGAGCCUCCAUCUGUGCAGCAGGAUGGACCUCGUAGGUCUGUCCGACAUUGCAUUGCUCCGGGCGCGGAAACAGCCGCUGUAUGCGCCACACGUCCUGAUGUUCCACAUGGCGCUGGCGAACAUUCCAUCGGCUGCCGAAAGACUCGCAAGCGAAGGUGUCCUGUCGGCGUACAGCGAUAACGGUAUAAGUUCUGCCAUCCAGGCUGGGCUAAUCGACGUGGUCAUCCCGGAGCUCCCAGGUGAGCGGAGUCCAGCACAUCACGCCUACUGUUCGAUGCUCUCGGUCGUUGCAGGCGUGAUCACAGCCGUCGGGAGACACGGCCACUAUUUCGACUCCCAGGCGAGCGGGCUCCUGCAGCUGUUCGGUGACCAGAUCCACCGGGCGCUAUCGUGGACGAUCGAUAGCCCGCUGUCACUGCCUUUGAUCGAGGAGAUGGAACAAAGCGUGAACGUGUUCGCUGCCAUCGCGCAGAACUCGCCGAGGGAUGGCGCGAGUGACGCAGUCAAGGAGGUGCUGCGCUUCUUCACGAUGGACGCACUCUUCUUGCUGCAGCAGCUCAACUACGCUCUCACGCACCCUAACCAUCUCGCAACUCUCUUUGAGCCGAUCACUGCGGACGAGCGCACGAAGUUCGAGGCGGAAAGCGGGAACCCGGCGAUGAGUGCAUCGGGAGAGUUUGUGGACUUUGUAAAGAGGCCUUUCCUUACGAAGAUCGUGCAUAGGCUGUUCCUGCUCUCGGGCUCAAUCUUGUCCGCACUCAUCGCCAUCAGCGGGGCGGAGACGGUGUUGCUAGGUGAUCAGGAGGACUGGCCAAUAAGUGAAGCGUUGGUGGUACCUCAUUCAAAAGUGGUUCUUGGGGAAUCCGCUUCGAUGGGUACACUGCUCGAACUAGGGAACUGUUCUUUGGACGUCCUACGCUUCCUCGUCGACCGGCCACUCUCUCAAGCCAUCACGCUCACCUCGGCGAAGGAGAAGGGCCUUGACGUGCGCGACAGCAUCCUGGCGGUACGGCGCACGCUCGACGCGGUGCUGCUUUACGGGGUAACGCAGCUCGCGAUGUGGCUGUCGAAGCCCGAGUUUGACGUGGCGCGCGAGGCCGAGGUGGACGAAAUGCGUGCGGAGGACACGACGAAGACACGGCGGCAGGCGGGGAUGACACUGGCGGAGCGAUUGAGGCGGGGUAUGACGGGGGAGAUGGCGGCGGAUCUGCAGGCGAUACUGGUGAAGGCGAAGCCGAUUAUUGCGAAGUGCGAGGCAAUGUUGAAGAGCGAGGCAACGCUGAAGAGCGAGGAUGUGGAUUUGACGCAGGUGCUGUCACAUUUUGUGCAUGAACGGAUAGCGAUUGUGUCGUAG